GCCAGCGGCUGGUCGGGGACGCGCGCGGGCUGGGAGUGGCGGAGCGUGGUGGUCUCCCUGCCGACCUCGUCCCGGGUGAACAGCUCGGGGCUUGCUGAGUCUGCGUGCCGGCAGUACACAGAAUGUCCCUGGCUGCUUAUUGCGUCAUCUGUUGCAGAAGAAUGGGAACCUCAACUCCUCCACCAAAAAGCAACACAUACUGGAGAGAUGUCAGAAAUAUAAUAAAGUUUACUGGAUCACUUAUUUUAGGAGGUUCUUUAUUUAUUACAUAUGAAGUUCUGGCCUUGAAGAAGUCUUUGACAUUAGAUACUCAAGUGGUAGAAAGAGAAAAAAUGAAGUCAUAUAUAUAUGUGCACACAGUUUCUUUAGAUAAAAGAGAAAAUCACGGAAUCACCUACCAGGCAAGAAAAGAGCUUCACAAAGCAGUAAGAAAAGUAUUGGCAACAUCAGCCAGGAUAUUACAGGGCCCAUUUGCUGACACCUUUAGUACAAUUGACAUAGAAGAUCACGAAUGUGCUGUGUGGCUACUCCUGAGGAAGAGUAAGUCCGAUGACAGAGCAGCACGACUGCAGGCUGUGCAGGAAAUGUCAGAGACCCAUCACUGGCAUGAUUACCAGUAUAGGAUAAUUGCUCAAGCCUGUGAUCUGAGAACUCUUAUUGGUCUGGCACGAAGCAAAGAUAGUGAUCUUCGCUUUUUUCUCCACCCACCUCCUUUGCCAUCUUUAAAAGAAGAUUCUUCCAUUGAAGAAGAGCUCAGACAGUUGUUGGCUUCUUUACCUCAAACAGACCUAGAUGAGUGCAUCCAGUAUUUUACAUCUUUGGCUCUGAGUGAAAGCAGUCAAAGUCUAGCUGCUCAGAAGGGUGGUUUAUGGUGUUUUGGAGGAAAUGGACUUCCUUAUGCUGAAAGUUUUGGAGAAGUUCCUUCAGCUACAGUGGAAAUGUUCUGUUUGGAAGCUUUAGUAAAACAUUCUGAGAUACCCACACAUUGUGAUAAAAUUGAAGCAAAUGGAGGCUUACAACUACUGCAGAGGCUGUACCAACUUCACAAGGACUGUCCUAAAGUACAGAGAAAUAUAAUGCGUAUCCUUGGAAAUAUGGCUUUGAAUGAACAUCUUCAUUCUACUAUAGUUCGCUCAGGCUGGGUUUCCAUACUGGUAGAAGCAAUAAAGUCCCACCACAUUAUGGAGGCCUCACACGCCGCCAGAACCCUGGCUAAUCUAGACCGAGAGACUGUGCAAGAUAAGUACCAGGAUGGUGUGUACGUGCUGCACCCCCAGUACCGCACAAGUCAGCCCAUUAAAGCAGAUGUCCUGUUUAUUCAUGGCCUUAUGGGAGCAGCAUUCAAAACGUGGCGCCAGCAGGACAAUGAUCGGGAUUUAACUGAAAAGGUUUCAGAGGAUGAAACCAAGUAUACAACAUGUUGGCCCAAGUCGUGGUUAGCAAGAGACUGUCCCGCUCUCCGAAUUAUAUCUGUGGAGUAUGACACCAGCCUUAGCGACUGGAGAGCAAGGUGCCCUAUGGAAAGAAAGUCCAUUGCGUUCAGGAGCAACGAACUUCUGAGGAAGCUCAGAGCUGCUGGUGUGGGGGAUCGGCCAAUGAUUUGGGUAUCACACAGCAUGGGAGGUCUUCUCGUCAAAAAGAUGCUGUUGGAAGCCUCUAAGAAGCCAGAAAUGAGUACUAUUAUAAACAAUACCAGAGGAAUAAUUUUUUAUAGCGUCCCUCAUCAUGGAUCCCACCUGGCUGAAUACUCUGUUAAUAUUCGCUAUCUUCUCUUUCCCUCUUUGGAAGUCAAAGAACUCAGCAAGGAUUCUCCUGCACUUAAAACACUACAGGAUGACUUUCUGGAGUUUGCAAAAGAUAAAAACUUCCAGGUGCUGAGUUUUGUAGAAACACUACCAACCUACAUUGGUAGCAUGAUUAAACUCCACGUGGUGCCCCUGGAAUCAGCAGAUCUAGGCAUUGGAGAUCUAAUUCCUGUGGAUGUUAACCAUUUGAACAUUUGUAAGCCAAAGAAAAAGGAUGCUUUUUUGUACCAACGUACCUUACAAUUCAUCCGUGACACUUUAGCCAAAGACCUGGGAAACUGACAAUUGUCUUCUUCUGUUUUCACACAUGAACACAGUGCAAGAAACGUGGUGUUCUCUCUUUUUAAGCUCUACGCAAUCAUGCAAAUGUAGUCAUUAUGGCAUUAAUGUGGCCUGGAGUAUGUUGCAGGCAACAGAAUAUUGUUCUGUAAAACACAAACCCAGAAGUGGCAAUCAAAGAAAGAAGGGCUAGACUGGAUUCUUCUGAUUUAAAACACUUCCAUAUGUGCCAGUUUAUGUUUUGCAAUGUUGCCCCUGGUGAGAGGGAGCAAGCUGCUAUGGCUAAAGGAUGUGAUCUGUGACUCUUGUCAUCUGUGACUGUCCCUGGCUCAUGCUGGGAGCAGCACUGAUGGCUUCUGAAGGGAGAGCCGUCACCAGUUUACCACAGAAAUGCCUGCUGGAGGGUGCCUAAAAUGGAGAGAGAAUGAACUAGAACAUAAAGACUCUGUUUUGGGUCAGGGUUUCCAUGUGCUGUAAGUUUUUAAAACUUGUCAGUGUAAACUUUUGUGUAACAUGUUAGCUUGUUACACGCCUUGUCAUCCAUGGGUCAUUUCCUUGUAAGUUUUUAUUUUCAUAUUGCUGAGAACAAAUAUUUCUCUUUUUAAAAAAUUUCUAGCCUAUAAUUCUUUCCAGACUGUAGCUACCUAUACUUUUAAUUUUUCCCAGAUAAUAGUAAAUCCAUUAUUGAUCAGAGUGUGAAAUAAAACUAUUCUAAGCUAUUAUAUAUAUAAGCAAUAUUUAAUAUCAAGAUUCUCAGAUUCUUUUUAGCUAAAUAAAGUAUACCAUUAUUUCUUGCUCAUUAGGAAAUGGUAUUAAUUGGUCUCCAGCAUGUGAGAAACAGGAAAUCAUACUGAUGACUUUUUAAAAAAAUAACAGCAUUAUUGAGAUAUAAUUCACAUACCAUAAAAUUCACCCUUUUAAAUGCACAGCUCAUUGAUUUUUAGUGUGUUUACAGAGCUGUGCAACCAUCACCACUAUCUGAUUUCAGAACAUUUCAUCAUCCCUCCAGAUAACCCCACACCCAUUAGCAGUCACUCCUCCUCUUCUCUCCCCCAGCCCCUGGUAAACGCUAAUCAUCUUUCUGUCUCUAUGGAUUUGCCUAUUAUGGACAUUUCAUAUAAAUGACAAGUUUUUAAAAAUUUACAAUACGUGGCCUUCUGUGUCUGGCUUCUUUCUCUUAGCAUAAUGUUUUGAAGGUUCAUCCAUGGUGUAGCAUGUAUACAUGUAGUAGGACUUCGUUCCUUUUUAUGGCCAAAUAAUAUUCCAUUGUAUGGAUGUACCACAUUUGUUUACCCAUUCAUCAGUUGAGGGACAUUUAAGUUCCUUCAGUGUUGGGGCUGUUAUGAAUAAUGCUGCUGUUAACAUUCAUGUACAAAUUUUUGUGUGGACAUGUUUUCCAUUCUCUUGGGUAUAUACUAGGAGUGGAACUGCUGGGUCAUGUUAAGCUUAUGUCUACCAUUUUGAAAAUGAUGGACAUUUGUAAAUGGGGUAGUCAAAGCUAAAAGGAGUACAGCAUCUGAAGGGUAAACUGGGGGCAUCAGUGAACCUUAACAACAUCUAAUUGUUUAAUUAUGCAAAAACCUAACAAGUGACUUAACUACUUGUUUUGUUAUGUAGCUAUAGAGUGUGCUAGUUAGCUAUCAACAAUAAACUCUAGCUAAUGGGAUCACGUGGGGAAAGGGGUGUAGAUAGGCUUGGUUCGUUUUCUUUUUCUGUUUUCCAUGAACUAUGGCAGAUGUACCAUGGCUGGAAUAUCUGUUCAUUAACUUAGAGUAAUGAGAUGAAACCCCACUUCGUAAAAUCUCAAUAUAGCCAUUAUAGCUGUGCUUUAAAAAUAAGGUCUGGGAGAGAGAUCCAGUGUACUUCUGAAUGACUAUAGCUUUUCAGGAAAGUCACUUACCAUUUAUGUUCCUUCUGUUUAUGAAAUGGAUAUGAUGUAUACAGAUUCACUUCAUCAGUCCUGUAAGAUUUAAGUCAAUAAUGUUUUUAAAAUCAUCAUCACCUGAAAAACUCUAAGAACACAAAGUAUGAAAACAUAUACAUUUGAAAUAAUUUUAAACUUAGACCAUCAGUAAAAUGGUUCUCCUAGUUCAAUCAGCCUUGUUUAAAUAUCCUUUCCGGAAAAAAUUUCAAAUGAAGCUUCCUAUUACCUUUCCCCUCCUGGGAAAAGUCUCUUUAAAUGAUCUAUCCAGGAAGGAAACAAACAGAAUACAGGUGUUAGCAGACUACUGAAAGCAAGCUGUAAAUAAAAUUCAGAUGAAAAAUGAAUUAUCCUUAUCUAUAAGCCCCUUACUUCUUUCUGAUUACGUUGUCAAUCCUAAAAGUUAAGGACACCAAGUCCCCCCUUUACUCCAGUGUUAAAAUGUCACCAUAGAGAGAGAGUCAGACUACAAACGGAGGAUCAUGAUGCCUUUCUUGACUCCAUCUCAACCAUUCACCCAAGGUCACAGCAACAGGCAUAAUAUGGUGGAGGACGUGGCCCUCUGCUCAGGUCGGGGCGCCCAUGGUAGUGGAUGCCAGCACUGGUUUCCUGUUGUUGAGAAAGACAGCACAGUCACAGAGAGACGUGCAUAUCUCUUUUGAGCUUGGCUCAUAAUUUACAGUGCCCCUCAAAGUAUUUCUAAUUCCUAAAAUUUGACUUUUAGGCAUACCCUCCUGAAUUUUCAUCUCUUUGUAAUAUUAAAUAUGUUAAUGUAUGGU